CGGCCAAGUGGGCGCCGAGGGGAAGCUGUGCGAUUGUUCCCUUCCAGUGGUCGUCAGGGGGUUAUGCGCAUGCGUUAAGAUUGUAAGGGGCGCUGUUCGCUUCGCGGGGCUAUGUGGGGAGUGUGACUGGCGCUUCCAGUCUGAGUCGUCAUGAGCUUCCUGUUACCUAAACUGAGCAGCAAAAAGAAAGUAGACGAGGCCAUCAAGAGCGUGGCCGAGAAAGUCCUGGUGCUUCGCUUUGGCAGGGAUGAGGAUCUUGUCUGUUUACAGCUGGAUGAUAUUCUUUCAAAAACAGCUCAUGACUUAAGUAAAAUGGCUACAAUUUAUUUGGUGGAUGUAAACAAGGUGCCAGUAUACACCCAGUACUUUGACAUCAGUUAUAUUCCAUCGACAGUCUUCUUCUUCAAUGGGCAGCAUAUGAAAGUGGAUUAUGGAUCACCAGAUCAUACUAAAUUCAUUGGAAGUUUCAAAACAAAACAAGACUUCAUAGAUUUGAUUGAAGUGAUUUACCGUGGAGCAAUGCGUGGAAAACUCAUUGUCCAAAGUCCAAUUGAUCCUAAGAAUAUUCCUAAAUUUGACCUCCUGUACCAGGACAUUUAAUGAUCAAAUGGGAAUGAAUAGACCUUGGAAUAUGAACAUCAGAAGAAUGAUGAUGAUGAUGAUGAUUUAUUAUAUUUAUAAACUUAUAAACAAAACCUUCAAAUGUGUAACAUUUGAGGCCACAGGAGAGAAAAUAUUGACUUUUUAUCCUCAGCAUCAUAUUGGUCACUAUCGGCAGGCAGAUAUUCUGUCAUGAGUUAACUGCAGUAGCUAUUCUCAAUGUUAGCUUAAUAUAUUAGGAGUAAAACUUGUAAAGUAAAAGAACCUGUUAUAAGGUGGUUUCAAAUAAAUACUUCCAGGCUA